GCUUGAGUACGCUGCGUAGGUUGAAGUUCCUAAAACCUGGUAUCGUUGUUGACAUCGGGCGUAGAUCCAGAAAACAGUUCCAGUGCGAAAGUAGGCAGAUAGUAAUCCAAAAUUCCGGUUGCAUAUCGGAACAAAACCGGGCAGAUAAGGUUGACAAAAGAUGAUUAUGCAAAAUGUACAUAGAAACAUAUGGAGACAUAUUCUGACAAAACCUGUGUGAGAUAGUGCUGUAUAUAAAUCCCGUGUAAAUUGACCAUAUCGUAGCAAAACGUGAAGUUGUUAUAUAUAGUGCUGAAUUGUGCCCAUUGAUUGGUCUCUAUUCAACAUAAUUAUAUCAUCAGCAUUUCAGUAUAGGAGCAUUGAACCUGCCUCAAUUCGCAAUAGCUCUGCUUAUAAUAUCAGGAGUUCCAGCCUUUCAUGCUGAGUACCGUAUACAGUAAAAUUCAUUUUCCUGAAACAAGAAUUUUCCUAUAUUAUCUGUUAUUACAAAUCAUCUGAAGUGAUGGGUGAAAUAUCAAUGGGAAGUUCCGUGGAUCGGUGGACGUGUCCAAAUGACAGGCAACUGGCAUUGAGGGCAAAACUAAACACUGGAUGGUCAUUUCAUACCAAGGCCUCGCAGAGGUACAAAAAAGGUGACUCGUUGUCUCAAGAUGAACAUGAGAGAAUUCUUUGUGUAAUUCAGAAAGCCGAGAAGCUGGAUUUCCUGGAGCAGGAGCGAAUUGGUCGGUUGGUGGAAAGGUUGGAUAAUAUGAAGAAGAAUGCGUUGGGUAACGGUACCACUCAGUGCAUUCUAUGCGGUGAUGAGUUUGGUUUACUAGGAGCCUCCCCACUCACUUGCUUUGAUUGUAAACGGUCUGUGUGUACAAAAUGCGGUGUAGAUACUCUCAACUGCCAGAAGCAGCCUAUACUACUCUGCAAGAUAUGCAGUGAAAACAGAGAGCUGUGGAAGAAGUCUGGUGCCUGGUUCUUCAAAGCAAUUCCCAAGUAUGUGAUCCCUGAAAAACGGCCUGAGACUGACAAGUACCAAGCCAUGGUUCCUGGUAGAAUGCCUGCCUCUUCUCGUACCAGGCAGCAGCGGGGUUCAGGAAGGACACGUCCCAUCUACCACAGUGAAAGCGAGUCAGAAUCAUCUAGUAGUUCUGACGAUGAUGUUGCAAUUCGCAAAAAGAAGAUAAAUAAAAGGAAUGGCGGACUAUCAAAAGACAGUGACUGUCUUAGCAUUGCCAGCUCUGGACACAAUGAGUUGAUGGGUAUCUAUGGAGCUGGUGUGGCAGGUAGCAGGACCAGUCUUGGCAGCAUGGGAUUUGGUGCCACCAGUGCUACAGAAAGCACGCAGCAAGAAUCAGACAGUGAUGAUCGAAGUAAGAGUCCAACAAAUACUGCAGAUCUGAGUCGUACAAGCUCUUUGCGAUCAUUUCGAUCUAGCACUAAUUACUCUAUCUCAGAUCUAAGCCAUACAAGUUCAGUUAGGUCGGCUGGAAGCACGUCAAAUGUAGCACCACCACAAAAACAAGGAUCUCAGGAGUCUCAUGACGACAUGGAUAAGGCAUUUACAGAUUACUCAGCUUCUGGGUACUCGGGAGGUGGUGCCGAGCAAGGAGGCUUGGGGAUAGCUGACAAUGUUCCAAUGGACCUUAGCCCUGAUGACUCACCACUAGGGAUACUAGAGUUCUCUGUUUUAUACGAUGCUGUAAGUAAUGUUCUUCACUGCACCAUCAUAAGAGCUAGGGGUUUGAGAGCAAUGGAUUCUAAUGGCUACUCAGAUCCAUACGUCAAACUACAUCUUCUGCCAGGGGCAUCUAAGUCCUCGAAGUUGAGAACUAAAACUAUGAGUAAGACACUAAACCCAGAGUUUAAUGAGACGUUGACAUACUUUGGUGUGACUGAUGAGGAUCUCCAACGAAAGACGUUGAGACUAACUGUAAUGGAUGAAGACAGAUUGGGACAUAAUGAUUUCAUUGGAGAACACAGACUUCCACUGAGGAAACUCACUCCCCAUACCACCAAGACAUGUAGUGUUUACCUUCAAAAGCCUUUACCUCUGGAUAAAGAUGAAGAAUUAGGUGACAGCGAAGGAAAAGUUCUCAUCUCCUUGAAGUAUGUAUCUUCCAAGCAGCAACUUUUGGUUGGCAUUGUACGCUGCGCUGGUUUAGCAGCUAUGGACUCAAAUGGAUAUUCAGACCCUUACGUUAAAGUGUGUUUGAAACCGGAACAGGGUAAAAAGUAUAGGUUCAAGACCAGCGUUAAAAAACGAACUCUCAACCCAGAGUUUCAUGAAGAAUUUUCCUAUGAUGUGAAUUACAGUGAAUUGUCUAAGAAGACUUUGGAGGUAACAGUCUGGGAUCAUGAUUUCGGCAAAUCUAAUGACUACCUAGGAGGUGUACAGCUUGGGAUACAUGCAAAGGGUCCACGUUUGAAGCAUUGGUUUGAAACAUUGAAGUACUCCGACAAACGCUUUGAGCGCUGGCAUGUACUAACUAGAGAGGAGUUUGGAGAGAUUGAGCCAUAAAUUUGUUGGUGAUUACCAUCAGCAAUCCUACAGCAAUACAUAUUGAAACAAAAUAUGAUUGAGUGCAAAAAUGAAUAUUGGUAGUUAAUUAUUGAUUAAUGUAGAUUUAGCAUAUAAAUGUCAUAAAAGUUUGUCACUAUCUUCUGUUGGAAGUUUUACAUUUAAACGAAAAGUUAUUUGUUAAGUGUUGGUGGAAAUUGUUUGGAAAUUUGUUUUUAUUCUUUAGAACGAUUAGUUAAAAUUUGCAGCAAUCUUUCAAAGUAUCAAAUAUUUACUUUAUUUUGACUAAGUAGUCUUUUUAUUUUGUAAGCAUUGAUAUAUCAAUUUUCUGUUACAAACUGUAAGUUUUGUUACCAACUUCGAUUGCCACCAAUCUUUGCCUAUUAUCAUUGUGACCAGCUAUCAUUUUGGCCAACCUCUAACCAUUACUGUUGGCAAAAUAUAAUUGUCAGUGGCAUAUCAAGAAUUGUAAAAAGGGGGUGCUGAAUACAAAUAUUAUAUCCUCUGAAGGCACAAAACUAGGUUUAGAGUAUAUCUAUGACUACAUCAUAAAUUGGUUGCUAACAUCUAAAGUAAGUUAAGUAACUUACUUUGCCAUUUAUUUUCAUUAAUUUACUAUUAUUUUUUUCCACAUUUGAACAAAAAGGGGGUGCUCGGACAUCCUAAAUACCCCCUGGUUACAUCACUGAUUGUGAUCAUAAACAUUUCAGACACAAACCAUUGUCAACAAUCAUUAAUGGGUGCCAAAUAUUUUUGUCACCAGCUACUCUUGUAGUUGUAGUAAUGAUGAAAAUUAAUUUUGGUUCACUGCCAUAAUUAUACACGACCAUUACAAUAUAUAACUGUAGUUAAUCCACCAGGAGUAUAUACAGUAAUUAGCAUUCCUAUAAUAGAUAGGCCAGUUCGACCAAUCUAAUCAAGACCAGAUAGAAUAACCAGGCUUUUUUUAUAGCGAAAAAGUCCAGUAUGAAUAGUGUGUCUUAUUUAAACCUGUUUUCCUCUAGGCGAAUUUAUUCACACGAAUCGUAGGCAUCAGGACGGUUCCUAAGCUCUGGUUGGUUGCGCACUUUUUCCGCUUCGAAAAAGUAGAAACUGUUCAAACUACCGAUUUCGCUACAGCGAUAACUUCGAUAGAAAUGUGAAUGUGCAUGAGCAUGUACAGACACUUUCAACUCGCGCAAAUGUCAUCGUGCAUAUGAUAGUCUUAACUAAAGCCCUGUCCAAAUUUCAUUUUUUAUGACUAAAUAUGGUCAUGAUGACAUCACAUCGUGACCAUAUAUAGGCACAUCAUGACUUUAUAUGGCCAUACAACAGUUUUUUGUCAAAUAAAAUUUGAUAGUCAGGUUUACCAACCUACAUGUUGCUAAUCUCUAAUAUCAAUUGGCUUAAAAAACUUAAAAUGUAUCAGUUAGAUAUUUUUCUUAGCAACUGAUUAAAAACAUUGAUAGCCAAAUCCUAUUAAAUGUAGGAUUAAAAUGCAGCCAUAUUUUAUUGGCUAAUAUUCCUAAACAAGUAUGGUAUGUAGUUAAUGUUGAUAUAUAAAAAGCAUUACAGUUUUUUAUUUACUAAAAUAUAAGGAAUGUUUAAUAAUGAGUUGGGUAGUAUUAUUGUAUAAGCCAAUGUAAUUCAUUAGAUACUAACACUAUAUGUUUGCAAAGAGCUAGCAAUGUGCAGUUAAUGAAGAAAUAUUUAAUACCAACGUAAAUAUUAUAAUAUACAAACAAUAUAAAAUCAUUAUAUUAUUAUCUUUGUUAUUAUAUUUAUAAUAAUAGUAAUGUUAAUAAUUAUGAUUAUUAUAGAUGUUUACUCAAUGCAGCUCAGUUUCAAGGCCAUUUUUAACUUGACAAAAUGAAUGAAUUUAUUGACAGUUGGCAAUUACAACUUAUAAAUAAUUAUACUGUAAUAUAUAAUAUAAUCAACCCUGUAACUUGGUUGUUAUUUAAAUCUGCUGAAUGAAAAGAUAUAAAACUACAAUAUGAGAUAGUGACAAAUUAUCCUCUAAAAUUAAUGAAUAGUUUAUAUUUUAGAACUUAGAAAAAAGAAAAAUUAUAUUUGUAUGUAAACCUAUUUAUAAAUACAGUACAGGUACUUGCAAUAUUGACUGUGUGCUAAAGUGCUGUAACAUAUGAGUGUUCUGACUUUGCUAUAAGCAUACCACAAAACGGUAUCAAAGAGAGUGUGGGCUUCUGUCAUAGGGCAUGCAUCCGAUUUAAUUUUGACAUAAUCUCAGAUACUGUAAAAGAUGUAUCUGACCUAAAAGCUUAAGGUCUGAAGUAUAUUUGGUCUGGUGUAUUGCUAAAAAUCAGGGGGUGUGCUUAAGGAAACAACAUAGAACUGGUUUAUUUAAUAGUACAUAACUGCCUGAAGCAUUGCAUAGAAUAUGGGAGAGGCUUAAACUUAAGUCAGCACACUUUAUAAACAACCACUGCUGUAGUUAAUUUUGUUACAAAGCUUUGUUAAUAUUAUUAUUUAAUAAAUAAUAUUAUUAUUGUUAAUAUUAAUAAUGUUAGUUUUAUUGCUGCUUUUAUGUUAUUACUAUACUUUAACAACAUUCACUAAGCAUUAAUAUGAUCAUAUUUAAUAUCAGUUUUGUGUGCUUAUAAUUCAAAAACUAUUUAUUUGUGUUACCAUAUUGCAAUAUUUAUAGACAAUCAUUUGAAAUGCAUAUAAUUUUAAACAAUAAUAUAAUAAAUAAAUAUAUUAGUAUUGAUUAGUAAAGAUCCAAGGAAUAUUUGAACCCUGUUGUGUGAAAUGAUAGUAUUGUGAAAUAGGCAAUACUUUUGUUGUAUCACAAGUAGAAUGAUAAUGAAAACUGGAGUGCAAUAUGAUUGUAAAGUGAUGUUUUCAAACCCAUUGUCCCAACUUGCUGACAUCAUAAAGUAAAACUUAUCAAGCAUAUCUAAUGAGAUAUUUUACAUCAUGCCCAAUCACAGCUUUGAGGAUUCAGGAUAUUUAUAUUUUAACCAUCAAUAUUCAUCAUGUCGGCAUGCACUAUUUCACAGCCAACCAUAGCAUUGAUGUCUCAGGAUAUAUAUAUUUUACACAGGCAUCAUGUUUAGAUAUGAAGCUAUACCCUCUAUUCCACCUCCCCUCUUCCACUCCUCCUUCCAUUCCCCUACCAGGAUUGUAACUUAGGAAAAUAUAAUUCAAUAUAUGAAUUAAUUAUUGCUAGGUUUCAAUUGAAAUUUUAAAUGAAAAAUUUUAUUUGCUGGUAUUUUUAGUAAAAGGUCUGUAAUUCAGAGAAAAAUGUCAAUCUGUGUAUUAUUGGAAGUUGAAACUAAUGGUGUUAAAUUGUUUCUAGGAACAAUUCUUUAAAAAAUGGUUUUCUAUGGGGAGUAUUUAUUGUGCUGAAGAACCAUUUUUUGGCAUGGAAUCAACUGUCUGGAGCAGGCCAAAACCUAAUUUCUUGUGGCAGCAGAAAUAUAGCAUUACUGCAAUUGAUCAUUUUAAUUAUCAAUUCAAUGCUCUGAAUUUCUUUAUGGUUUUUUUGUUUUUUUUUAGAUUUUACUAAAGACAGUAUAUGUUUAAAGACGACCAUUGAUAAUUAUUAUACAAUAAAAUCUUUUUUUUUUUUCAUCAUUUUCAAUUAAUUUUAAUCUUUACUAUUACAAUUUACAAUUGUACAACACAGAAAUCAUUUUAUUUCUCAAAUUCAGCCUUUGUAAUUUUAUAUAUUAAUUAUUGAGUAUAUGCUCAGUAAUUUGCAUUGUAUUGUUAAUAGUUUAUAGACAUGAAUUAGAAUUAUCAAAUUGUAUAAAAUUAGUGUUAUAUAUCAUUUACCUGUAUGUCUACACUUGGCGAGAUAAUUUGAUAAAGCUUCCAAUAAUGUUCAUGCAAUAUGUUCAUUAUAUUUAUCUACUUUACAUAAGGCACAAAUGAUUCAGCAUGGAUUUUAUCCUAAUAUCAUUAUUAAAAUCAUUAUAUACACCUAAUAAGUAAAGAAAAAUGUAUCGACACUAAUGCUUAUUACUGCAAAUUUGAAUAGAAAUCAGUUUCAUUUGAUGUACAAGUUAAAUGAAACCAGCUGCUUAAUCUUUUAUAAUGAGAUAAUAUUAAGUUAAUUAUUAAACAGGUGCUUAAUUAAUCUGCUAAUGUUAUAAUAAUUAAUCAGCUUCAUAAUUCAUGUUCAAAUAGUUAUUCAUCAGGUAAUUUAUUAAUACCAAUGUUGUUUAAUUACAUAUUAUGCUGACGAUAUCAAUCAAAAUCAAAAUACAAAUUAAUAUGGAUAUGUAAGGCAUUAUCAUAACUUCAUCAAAAUUGGUAAGCAUAUUAAAAAAUUCAAACGUUUGACCAAAACUGAUUACCUUUCACCGUCUUAUAAGAAUUUGUUAAAAAUGUAAAGUGACCAAGACACCUUAUUCUGUUCCUUGUGACCAUUAUAUAAUGCAAACACAAUGUAUACUGAGAAAAAUAUAAAACGGGUUUGUUCAAGCUAGUCUGUUCAACUAUAGCAUUGUAAAGAAAAAAGUAUAUCGGUUCACUGUAUGAAAAAGAAAUUAAAGUAGAUAUGUAAAAUUA